AUGGUAAAAUUCAUUUCACGUUUAAUAAAAUCACCAACGGAAUCGUCCCAUCAAUCACAUCGACCCGCUCAAAACGUUUCUUAUUACGACAAAGGAAUUGAUUUACCAGAAUUGGCCUGUGAUGACCCCAAUUUUAAAGUUAACGAGACCUUCAUUAUUCAGGAUGGGCCGUUUGUUUGGACCGAACCAGUUCAAGGUUUGAUACUGGGAUCGUACUUCUGGGGUUACAUACUGACUCAAAUUCCCGGUGGAAGAAUCGCUGAAAAAUACUCGGCGAAGUGGGUUAUCUGGGGAGCCGUGAUGACCAACGUAGUCUCCGCUCUUUUUACUCCGUUGGCGGCCAAUAAAAGCUACAUUGCCGUCCUUGUUGUUCGCUUCAUUCAAGGGCUGGGCGCCGGAGUCUCUUCGCCAGCCAUUCACGUUAUGCUAACUAAAUGGGUUUUGCCAAAAGAGCGAAAUUUGAUGUCCUCUUUGAUCUACGCCGGAAUGGCCUUAGGUACGGUCAUUUCCCUACCUUUUUCAGGUAUUCUGGCCUCCGUUGGUGGAUGGGAAUCGGUUUUCUAUGUUGAAGGUGGCUUAGCUUUGAUUUGGUGUGUCCUGUGGCUCUUAUUCAUCUACGAUUCGCCGGAAGAACAUCCGCGCAUAAACUCUGAGGAGUUGAAUCUUUUUAAAUCUUAUUGUGGAGACGACAAUCGUGAAAAUUUGGAUCCAGCGAUCGAAACCAAAUUAGAAAACGAAGAAACUAACUGUGAAGUGUUCACGUCGACUCGGUAUUUAUCUGGCGAAACGGCUGCAAAAGAAAAUAAGAAAACAUGGUGCAAUAAAAAAGGAAAACCACAUUCGAAGUUACCUCCUGUACCUUGGAAAGCUCUCGCUACUUCCGGUCCAUUCUGGGCUAUUCUCGUGGCUCAUACCUGCGCCAAUUUCGGUUGGUACAUGCUAUUGGUUGAACUGCCCACCUACAUGAAAGCCAUUCUGCGCUUCAAUAUCAGCCAGAAUUCUGCGUUGUCCGCUAUUCCGUAUUUGUCGUUGUGGGUUUUUAGCAUCGUUUGGAGUAAUCGUUUAGAUUGGGCAAAAGGCAAGGGGUGGAUCUCCACUACUACUGUGCGGAAGUUGUCAACAGCCGUUGCAUCUUUGUUGCCCGCUGCCUGUUUAAUUGGCGUCGCUCUGGUUGGAUGUGACCGUGAAGCAGCAGUUGCCCUGGUGACUAUCGGCACGAUGUUCGUUGCCGGAAUGUAUUGCGGAUUUCUCACCAAUCACGUAGAUAUCGCACCCAAUUACGCUGGUACUCUCAUGGCCCUGACGAAUACGGUAGCUACUAUUCCAGGAUUCAUCGUUCCAGCAUUUGUCGGCCAAUUAACGCACGGAAAUCAAACUUUAGGGCAGUGGCAAAUUAUUUUUUAUACAACGGCGGCCAUUUACGUUGUUGAGUUCGUCGUUUACGCAGCGCUUGCAUCUGGAGAAGAACAAUCUUGGAACAAAGUUCUCCAACACAAAAACUGCAAUGUCCAAGAGUUAGAGGAAUGUAGGUAA